GUUAGACCUGCAUCUGAACGUCUGCAUUCACAUGCAUGCAAAGUUAUACAGGGAAUGAAAACCCGGUAUGUGCAGAAUAAUUUAAGAGGAAGCAGCGUUUAAUUAUAGUGCGGCUUUUCGCAUGAACUCAUUUUCAGUUCUUGUUCUGGAGUUUGUAUACAGUGCGUAUUUACUCACCAAAUGCAACAACUUCAGCAGACUUUUGCCUGUCCGUGCCAAAGACCCUCUGUGAUGAAGUGAUUGGUGGUGAUCUCUUCACAUUUUGCGCUUUAAAACCUACCAGAAUUCCUUCAUGACCAUUAUCAUCCUCAGAUACUGUUGAUAUGAAGCAGAUUAAGCCCACCAGGAUCCAGUCAGAGACUCACUUUAUAACAGCAGGGAGAGUACGCCCGGCCAAUCGACAGCCGCCCUCAUUGGACAACCUACCCGAGCAGUAUCUGAUUGGACAGUGGCCGAGAGAGGUGAACCAACCCCAGCCGUCCUGUAUGAGUGAUAAAGCCACACAGACACCAGGCUUUUGGAGUGAAGAUGAGGGUGAAGUGAAAAUACACAAGCGCUCAGCAUCAUGGGGCAGCUCUGACCACCUUAUAGAGAUCGCUAAACUCCGUCAGCAGCUGCAGCGCAGUUUGCAGGGGAGUCGCAGUAUCAAGGAGAAAGAAGAUGGGAUGUUCACGCAGUCGAACCAGGCUCAGAACAAGCUGGUCUCGGCAUCUACAUCUAAUAUGGUGCUUUCAAGACCCGUCAUAUAUAGAAUGCCCAGCUAUAGUGACUGUAUUAAUCAAGAGCUGGAGAAUGUGUUUGUCUGUGACAACGGGGGGAGGAAGCACGACAAGGCUCUGGAGGUGCGAGAUGGCGGUCGUGCUCCUGUUCCUCCUCUUCAUCCCAGUGAUGUUCACACUCACAGCGUGGAGGCGCAGCUCACCUGCAGUCCCUGUUACUGCUGCUCUCCCACUGCAGACUCUGAGACAGAUUUCAGGAGCGGUUCACCUCUCCCUCAGCUCGCCAGCUCCCCAAAACCCAACAACAGUUAUAUGUUUAAACGGGAGCCUCCCGAGGGCUGCGAGAGAGUCAAAGUAUUUGAAGAUAUUGCCACUUGUAGGACACAAGGCUUCCCCAUCUUUUCCUGCCCAGAUAGAAACAAGGUGAACUUCUCUCCGAGCGGAUCAGCGUUCUGUCCCGUAAAGCUGCUCUGUUCGUCUCUUUUCCCAGAAGACACCGCUGCUUGUUCCAGCUCUCUGGAUAAUCAAACUACAGGACAAACAUCUGGUCUGUUUACAGGGGCCACGGUUCAAAAUGGCUGCAGUAUUAGAAAGUGCCUGCUGCUCAGUUAGCCACUCAGAGCUCAGAACUGAAACGAUACUACCGUCAGCUAAGUGAAACGACCCAGAAGGGAUUUUCUUGGAAUUUUCUUAGCAAUAUUUCAGCAUUUGUGAAGGCUUGUACAAAAGGACCACGAUGUUGUAAGUUGCAAGAACCUUUGUGUGAUUCUUCUGGGGUGCACAAACCUUUACUUAACCUUACAGGACAUCUUACUAACCAGGUUAUUCAUGAUAGAUAUGACAUCUACAAGAUUAACUGACAAACUGCUACUGAAAUCAACAGACCCUCAAGGCAAACAUCCAAAAAUGUCCUCUCCUACCUUAACUCAGGGUUAACUUCCUUUAGGGUUGGGUGGUAAAAUAAAAACAAUUUUAAUAUUUUUGAUGACUUUCAAUAUCGUCAAAAUAUAUCAUAUUUUUUUAUAAAAAAGUGUAUCUCUAAUUGGCUUACAAGGGAGGAUUUUUGAUUGAAUCAGAGAAAACAUCAUUUAAACCUAACAGUCGAUUUUGCCAAUUAAGAGUUGAAGUGUUUAAUGCAAGAAAUACAAGUGGAAAUUUAUUUUAAACAAGGAAGAAUAAAAUGUUUUACUAAAACGUUUGAACCUUUUAGAGAUGCCAAACAGAAACAUCCAUGAACAUUAGUGGUAAUGCAAACAAAUGUAUUAAUUGAAAUGCAUGGUUGAGACUGAUUCACCAAAAUGAAUCAAACUAAAUGAAGAAAAACAUCUCUGAAAAGUCAGGACAUUUGAGAAGAAAUGAUUGCAAAACUCUUGUAAUGACACAAUCUUUUUUGGGGGGGGAUUUUCUCCCCAAUUUGAAAUGCCCAAUUCCCAAUGCACUCUAAGUGAAUCCGGGUGGCGGAGGACGAAUCUCAGUUGCGUCUGAGACGUCAAUCCGUGCAUCUUAUCAUGUGGCUUGUUGAGUGCGUUACCGCGGAGAGGUAGAGCGUGUGGAGGCGUCACGCUAUUAUCUGCGGCAUCCACGCACAACUCACCACACGCCCCACAGAGAGCGAACUACAUUAUUGUGACCAUGAGGAGGUUCCCCCGAAUGUGACUCUACCCACCCUAGCAACCGGGCCAAUUGGUUGCUUAGGAAGCCUGACUGGAGCCACUCAGCACACCCUGGAAUCAAACUUGCGACUCCAGAUGUGGUAGUUAGCGUCUUGAGCUACCCAGGCCCCUGUAAUGACACAAUCUUAAUAAACAAGUGCUGGCUAAUUAAAGCACAUAAUCAUUUUAUAUAUAUAGCCCAACCCUAACUUUACAUUCUUGUGUAUUAAACAGUUAUAAUGGUGUUUUU